AUAAUAAACAAAUUUUAGCUGUACUGUAGUUUGUUGUCAAACAUAUGUCAAUCUAAGAAAGUUGCAACUGAUAAAAAAUGAUGUAAAGUCAGAACAACAAUGAAUAUAAGUGUUAAAGAGUGUAAAGAAAUUAGACGACGGAGGAUUGAGAAGACGAAUAAAAUUUCUGAAAUUUAAAGAAUUUAAAUAUAUAAGUCGGCGAUCACGUUUGCAUAUAAGUUUAAAACAUUUUUUACGGUUAAAGCGCCUAUGGAACAAUCCUUGUAGUGUUGAAUACUAACGAUUUGAUUCUAUUCAAGGCGUAUAAAUCCUAUUCGUCAUAUUUGCUAAAAAUAAAUCCGAAAACAAUUUAGAGCGCGUAUUAAUUAUUAAUAUAAUUAUAAGCAUUAAAUUACAGUAACUUACAGCAAUAUGGAGUUUUUAUUUCUAGGAAAUAUUUAUUGACUUACUCUGGACACGCACUAGGCCUAUUGUAAAUCCGUAAAUACAAAAAAAGGUUUUUUUUAUUACUGGCACCCAAGAACACACAUAACCAGAUUCCAAUACGACGUGAUUAUAACCGAAACAAUAUGGAGGAAUUUAGAAUUAAUAGAGAAUGUAUUGAUCAAAAUCCAGAAGAUCCCUACAAUCAAAGCAGGCCGUGGAAGUUGAAUAUGCGAAAUGACGAAGUUUUGAAUUAUGCAGACGAGUCCAAGUUCGAAAAAGCAAAUACCUUUGAGGAAUUGCAACAACGCUUGGCUAAUUACAAUUGCGAAGAAAAAUAUGACGAAAAUGUUGAAAACGCGUUCUCUCGCAGACAUUAUGAUUCACCAACUUUCACGCAAAAACUUCAAGAUCCUUUUUCACAAAAAAUGAUAGCUCCGAAUAGUGAUAUGUGUCUGCAAACCAUGGAACAACUUCGAAGAUGGGCAUGUCGAUAUACUGGUGUUCAGAGUCCAUUUGAAUUUUUGGAACGAGUGGAAGAACUUGCAAAAGUAUGUGGCCUUAACCUUAACACAAUUCCUAGAAACAUGGUGGUAUUAUUGAAAGGUGAAGCGUUAUUGUGGUUUCAAAAUAAUAUUAAUAUAAGAACCUGGAAUCAUUGGGAGGAUUUUAAAACUGAUUUUCUUCGAUUUUUCUCACCUAUUCGAUCUUUGGAUACACUAGAAAAUGAAAUACGUUUUCGUCGAGAUAAACAUCAUGAAUCUUUUAUGGACUAUGUAACAGGAUUACGUGAUCUAAUACCGCAGUCGGUUAGUGACGCUAGUCAACAAUGCAAGCCAUUUGGUAAUAACUGGCAAAUGGAUCAAAAGCACGAUUUUAGAACUGUAGAAGAAUUACCAACAAAUGAAGAACAUGCAGCACUACAAAAAAAUCUAAGCAAAUUACCGCAAUAUAUCGAUUUAAAAAUCAAAAAUCCGAAGAAAGCUUGCCGCAAAUGCGGUAAUCAUGGGCAUUUAGUAAACAACUGCGAACAUCCACGUUUACUCUUUUGUUGGAAAUGCGGUAAACUAAACGUCAGAACUAUUAAUUGCUGUAAGUCUAACGCGCAAAAUGACCAGAGUACCCAAUCUAGUUCCACGAAAGUAAGCGACCAAACGCGAGAUCAAACACAGAGCACAUCACAGAGCAAACAGGUUCCAAGAACGGCCGGGUCCACGUCAACUACGACCAAGUGCCAUUCGACUCAUCUCACAAAGACUUCACAAGCAGGUCCCAGCGGGAUACAACAACAACAGCAGAGCAAACCAAAAACUUCAAACAAUCUCAGAGUAGAUGGUAAACGCCUUGUUGCGAGAAUCAUAAUAGGUGGCCAGAUGGUGGAUGCAACAUUAAAUACUGGAUCUACGCGAAGCUUUAUCAGUGAAGAACUAACUAAAAAAAUUGGAGCAACGCAAGUCCGAAUGGAAGGUACCGUGGCGGAAAUACGUAAUAAGAUCGAGUUUGAACAGCGUACAGUGAUUCUUAAACUAUUGGUACAACCUAAUGUAGUUAAUGAUAUAAUUCUGGGUAUAGACUUCUUGAAAGCUAUAGGUACUACUAUAACUAUUGGUGACUUAAGUCUUGAUUUAAAUACAAACAAUAAAGGAAAACAUCCCAAUGAGUCCUCACAAGGUGCGCAAAAUAGUAAUAAUAUUCCAAAUCUUAAAAAAGCUAAAAAUAAUUCCACAAACACCACUAAUGCCAUAGGCAAUCUUAAUAAUGUGUCCUUACUGCGAACAGUAAACAAGACUACGUACCAUCUAAUUAACAGCAAUACUGCGAUAGUACUGCCGCUCUUCAAUAAGCCUUCAAUUAACACAAAUAACACGGCACUUAGUACACCUCAGCAUUUAAGUACAAAUCAAAUUCAACCACUACCGUUCGCAGUUCCGAGUAUUGGCUAUAAUAAAACUAACACUAAUAAUGCUAUAAGCGUCUUAAGUAAGGUUCCUCUUGCGCCCGAAACUGGACAAAAUAAGGCAAAAGACUUAACUAGUAUAAAUCAAUUAGAACAACCGAGUCUGAGUACGAAACUAGUACUCCCAGAAGAAGAAUGGCCACAAGAAUUAAAAGACGAAAUUAAAAGCAAACCGAGAGACAAAUUAGACCGUAAACCUAGAGGAUUUAGACGUGUUGUAGAUGGCAAAGUAUAUCAAAUACGUAUUAAUCGUUCCGGUUUUAUAACCGUGAUGCUGGUAAUUAAGAGAGAACGAACUGAAGAUCAAGAAGGAGAAGGAGAAGGAGAUCAAUGAACCACAAGAAGGGAAAAAAUUGAGAGCAAAAUUGCAUCACAUAUUUUGGCUAAUAAUUAAUUUAAAGUAUAAAAUAAAAUUUUGUUUGUUAUAAACAAAAUUAUAUUUUAAAUAUGUAUGUAUUUUAGUUGCAAAAUACGUCUGUAAUGAAUUACAAUAUUAUAUUUUAAAU